UGGACAGCCAUGGGAGAGGCUGCGGAGACUUCAACGCCCGCGGCGGGCAAGGGCGAGGCAGCCAAGGGGGACAAAUGCAAGUCGACAUGGGACAAAACCAAAAUGCACUGGGACUACUUCGUCAACAACAUUACAGUCGAACCCAUGCUCGCAUGUUAUAUUAUGCCCAGUGUCUUGGCGAGUUUGGCCACGCAGAAUUUGAAUUUGGAAAAGGCAUGUUACGUCAAUCUCGGCUACGAGACGAAAGUGUGCGAGGCGUUGACAGCUCGAGAAACGGCUAACUACACAGAGGAGGAAACGAGCGUCCAGCAGCUCGUGGCCGGGAUGACGGUGUGGAAGACCAUCGUCCAAUCGGCCAUCCCGUCCGUCAUGAUGCUGUUUCUGGGCUCCUGGUCCGACCGGCAUGGCAGGCGGAAACCUCUCAUGUUGAUGCCAAUCAUCGGUGAAUUUCUUACAAGCAUGGGACUUAUUCUGUGCACUUACUUUUUCUUCGAGCUGCCAAUGGAAGUGGCUGGGGCUUGCGAGGCCAUCUUUCCUGCUAUCACCGGGGGCUGGUUCACGAUGUUCAUGGCGGUGUUCAGCUACAUCGGGGACGUCACCACGGUGGAAAUGCGAACGCUGAGGAUCGGCAUCGUCAACCUCUUCGUGUCGCUUGGGAUACCGAUCGGAAUGGCUCUCAGCGGAGUGCUAUACGUCAAAAUCGGCUUCUACGGAAUAUUUAGCAUAUCAGCCACAUUGUACAUUAUCAGUUUCUUCUAUGGUAUGUCCCAUAUAAAAGAAGAAAAAACUCAGACUCCUAUUUCGAAUAAACCUCGCCCUGGUCAGACGUGUGCCACAGUAAGAGACUUUUUUGAUAUUGAUCACGUGAUAGAAACAUUCAAAGUCGUAUUUAAAGAAGGAAAAGGAAAUCGAAAGAUGCGAGUUAUAAUGCUGAUGGUCUGCUGUAUGGUUAUUAUCGGCCCUAUGCAUGGUGAAAUGGCAGUUAUGUACCUCUUCACGCGGUAUCGUUUCAACUGGAACGAGGUGGAUUUCAGCAUUUUUUCCACCUAUAGUAUGAUCACUAACCUGCUUGGCACCAUGGUGUCAGUGGGCGUGUUCAGUCACAUGCUCAAAAUCGACGACGCUCUUAUUGGAGUCAUGUCCUGCAUGAGCAAGAUUCUGUCUUGUUUCGUGUAUGCUUUCGCCACCACAGAUUGGAUGAUUUAUUUGGCGCCCAUCGUGGAAAUUCUGAACGGAACAUCGUUCAUCGCCAUGAGGUCUAUAAUCUCCAAGCUGGUUCCAGCAGAUGAACUUGGCAAGGUGAACUCGCUGUUCGGCGUGUGCGAGGCGCUGAUGCCGCUGGUGUACGGCCCCAUGUACAGCGCCGUCUACACCUCCACCAUCCACUCGCUGCCCGGCGCCUUCUUCCUGCUGGGCGGCGCGCUCACGCUGCCCGCCGUCCUCAUAUUCCUUUUUCUUAGUGAGUUUUUAGUAGGUAGGUCGGAUAUUAGAACUGGUAUAGAUCUGAGUCGAGCUCGAAGUGAGGAGUUGAGAGAAGCUGGUCUUUAUGUUGGUUAUUCCUAUGUCUAG